UUCCAAGCCCUUGAACGAGGCGGUUCUUAGCCGCUGCAUCGCCCUCAUGGGUGAUCUCUGCUCAGACGUGGUCAUCCGGAUGCAGAUGACUGAGAACCAGGAAUGCUGGCAAGCUUGCUCGAGCUUCGCGAAUCAAUGCUUCAAUGAAAACAGCUUCGCCAGAUAUCCCGAGUGUUUGCACGCAAUCCUAGGCCUUAUGAUGAACCUCUCCCUGGAGCCCAACUCGGUCAUUGAGGAACUGGCCACGGAAAUCACUGACACGUGCAUCUCUCUCUUCAACAGCCCGGACGGGAGGAUCGUCACAGCUGGCGGGCAAACCACAACGGAUUAUGCCAUGAAGGUCCUUGCCACCUGUGCCAAGGGUAGCCGGUUGGCUUCGAUGCAGAUGGUGAAACUGGAUAAAAAAUGCAGGCUGUUGACGAAGCUUCUGUCCUGCCCGAACGAGGCGGUGGCAGGGAACGCUGCUUUCUGCCUGGGGAAAUGCCUGGAGGUGCCCGGGACAGCCACCAACUUGCUCGACACGGACGUGGUCAGGAUCCUGCUGAGAGCCACCACCCGCGAUGCCCAAAACCCCCACGGGCAAGAGAAUGCCGCCAUAGCCUUAGGGAAACUCUGUGCCUCUGAUGCCAGGCACACCAGCCGGCUGCGAGAGCUGAACGGAAUGGCGGCCCUGACUGCUUCCAUCAGGAAGAUGCCAGGCCCUUAGGAUGCCAGGAGACGGCCCGGAGAGAGGGAUUCUGUGCCCAGCACCCCAUCCCGGGGUUGGAACUCUGCUUCCUUUGGACAAUAAAGAGGAUUAAAAGCAGGGUGGGGGCAGCGGGAGAGGGAGAAGGUCAUAAAAAUAUGUUAUCAAGGUUAAUAAACCACUUGGAACACUG